AUGAGCUGCGCAGACGAUCUCACCGCUGACGAUCUGAAUGAGAAUGUCACUACUGAGGUAUUGGAACGAGUCACGGCUGGAGAGGGGAGUAAUAUGAAUUUAUGGGGUCAGAUUGAUAAGGACAAUGUGACGGGUCUCAAUCUAGCAGACGUCAAUUCAGCACCAAAAGUGAUCAAAACAUGGGAUGACAGACUAGACGAAGAGAAUUUAGUAGAAUCGGGCGUUGAUGACGAUUUGAUACUGCAUAUACCGUUCAUAUCGUCAUUACGACUUCGAACACUAUUACUACAUCAACCUGCGCCGGGACAUCCUCAUCGACCUUCGCGUUUACGAUUAUUUGCGAAUAUACCGAAUUGUCCUGAUUUUCAAGAUUUAGAUUCAAUGACUCCUAUAAUGGAUCUUGAUAUUUCUUCUCCGCCGAAUGGUGGCCGAAGAUUGCCCGAUGGUAGAAGGGAUAUAGAGGAAUGGGGGUUGAAAGUGCAGAAACUCGCCAACGUGUUUAGUGUCACUCUUUACUUUUCCGAAGCGGAGACUUCACUUCGAUCGUCAAUGUUUUAUGUUGGUUUCAAAGGUGAUCCCAAGACGAACGCGAUGGAUAUGUCAAAGCUGGGUCAAGUUCCCGCUCAAAAUGCAGCGGAUAAGAAAGUGGACGAGAUCAGUGAGAAGAAAGGUGCGGGUUAUACAACCAUUAGAUAA